AUGCCCGUUCCAUACGGAGUGGGAGUCGGCGACUUCGUCGCUGUAGGUACCGUAGCAUGGAGUGUCUAUAAGUAUUGUAAAGCGGCCCCCGGGAGCUUUGGUAACAUCAGCACAGAGGUCUUGUCCUUGCACGCUGUGCUGAAAGAGAGCGAGGAGACACUUUUCACACAUGCCUUGCCGCCUGCGAGGGCGGAGAGGCUCAAGGUGAUCAAAGACGGAUGCGACACAGUCCUUGCAGACUUGCAGACCCUUGUUAAUAAGUAUGAAAGUCUGGGCACCAAGAGUAAGCAAACAUGGGACCGAAUGAAGUGGGGCAACGAAGACAUAGCCGAGAUCCGAGCUCGUCUUACCUCGAACAUCACCAUGUUGACCGCCUUCAUCAGUACCUCUCAGAUCAGUGUUGAAACCAAGCUCGACAAGUUCAUAGAAGAGUUUCGUCAAGGAAAGAGGGAGGCCUCAGUUGCCUCGCUCCAGACUGCGGACAGCCUCUCAGCCGACGACAGGGUGGUGUGGCGGACCAUUCGCAAGGAGCUGGAAGAUAUUGGCAUUAGCGUGGCUGCAUUCGACGCGAAUCGAGGUUUCAUCUUCGAUUGGUUCGUCCGCGCAGUAGAGACAGGGGCGUUCGAAGAACAAAACGAACACGGUAUUGAUGAGGAGAGCAGUUACAGCGACGAGAGAGAAUCCUGGAGCAACCUCGAGCAGGUUCGUCGAGACACGGGACGACAAAUCGAGCGCGCUGAGUCUGAGUCUCUUGGAAGUAUCAGCGAAGACCAACCGCUCGCCUUGGCACAGUCGUCGGGGUCUGCUCUUAACGCAAAACCCAUUGUUCUCGAGCGUAACCCUAAGGCGUCCGACCGGAUCUUCGCCUCUGCGCGUACGCCGCCAAGAGAUAGAACAAACACUUCCCGUGUUGCAACCCUCUUAGCGAGAAUACCACGUCCGAGACGACGACUCAUCAAAGCUGUGGAUAUAGGAGAUGUUUCUAAAGCGCUUAGGAUUCUCAAGAGUGAGGCUUUGUUCCACGUCCUCGACCUAGAAACACUAGAUGAGGCGCUGUGGAGUGCUAGCCGUCUAAUCGAUGAUUUUGAUCCUUGCCCUUUAAUUGCUGAGCUCAUAGCCAGAGGAGGUAACGUCAACUAUAUAAGAAACGACAUUCGUGGAGAAAGUCCUCUUUGCAACAGUGUUGAAAGCAACUCAUUCAAUGUCGUACAGCUCCUCGUCGAGAACGGGGCUGAUGUUAACGAUAUAGAACUCCCAGAAAAACGUGGAUCGGCCAAGUCUGCUCUUCGAGUAGCGUUGACCAAGAAUGUAGCCAUCUUGCGGCUUCUGCUUUCUGCAGAUGUGAACGUCAAUCAACAAUACCGCGAGACCUCUAGUUGCUUCCCCGGUGAGGUUACCCUCAUUCAGGAAGCAGCAUCACUGGGAGCGGUCCCGGCCAUAGAGCUGCUACUCGAGUUUGGUGCGUUUAUCGACGCUGUUUCUCUAGUACAUGGCACUGCACUCAUGAUUGCUCUCUCCGAAUCAAAAGCAGAAGCUGCACGGCUUUUGCUUGACAAAGGUGCAGAUGCCAAUUUUGGGAAGGCCUCAAACACAAUGUACUAUCCAUGCAACCACUACUAUAGGACAUUGGACCUAAAUAAGUACAGGAAUCCAAUCGAAGCAGCAAUAUUUGGGUGUGGAGACUCCAUGGUGCAGCUUUUAUUAACUCAUGGCGCAAGGCCAGACGAGAGCACACUGAGGUACGCGCGGAAGGAUUGGAGAAAUUUUGGAUGA